CAUCAUCGCUAACCAUACUGGACAACCUAAGACAUAUCCGGAAAUACCACCAUAUUUAUCGCAUUUUGCUGCCUGCGUUCUGAUUCUCUUUAAUUGUAUCCUACAGUUUUUCUUCGUAUUUUAAGAAAUGCCGGUAGCAUCUGAAAUUAAGUCCAGCUGGGCAGAUGAAGUCGAAGAAGAAGGAGGAGUAUUACCUCCACCUUCUGAGGUUUAUGAGAAUGGAUUUAAGAUUCUUACAGAGUAUAAGUAUAAUCAGGAUAACAAGAAAGUCAAGGUAGUAAGUACUUACAAAAUUGAACGUCGCAUAGUAUCAAAGACCAUUGCUGCGAGGAAGAAUUGGGCAAAGUUUGGAGACUCCACUGAUGACAGACCAGGUCCCAAUCCUGCUACUACGGUUGGUGCAGAAGAUGUCUUCAUGCAAUUUAUAUCUAGUAAAGAGGAAGAAAAUAAAGUCGAAGAAGAUACUCUCGAUAAGCUUAAAAACAUGGGUGAUAAGGGUGUCGUUAAAUGUCGUAAUUGUAACGGUGACCAUUGGACUUCUAAGUGUCCGUACAAGGAUACUGUACUUGCUGGAGGUAAAGUACCAGAUGAUAAGAAACCUCUUGUAAGUCCUACUGUUCCUGGAGCAAUGGCUGAGUUGAAACCACAGGGAAGUAAAUACGUUCCACCGAGUAUGCGAGAUGGUGGCAACAAGCGUGGUGAUGCUAUGCAAAUGCAGAGAAGAGACGAUACUACAGCCAUUCGUAUUUCCAAUUUAUCUCAGAGUACUACAGAUGCUGAUUUGGAUGAACUGGUUAAAUCGUUUGGAACGGUCGUGAAACAAUACUUAGCAAAAGAAAAACAAACAAAUUUGUGCAAAGGAUUUGCAUAUGUACAUUUCAAGUAUAGAGCGGAAGCUGCUAAAGCUAUUGCCACUCUCGAUGGUUAUGGAUAUGAUCAUCUUAUUUUAAGCGUAGAAUGGUCCAAACCUCAACAACAAAGUAACUAAUUCAAUUCGAUGUAAAACAAUAAGAGAAAAUCUUUACGCUGGACAUAAUGGGUGUGGCUGUGCCAAGUUGUGAAGUCGUAGAACAAGUAAACAAUAUUCAAUAUUUUUCACUUUUUCAUGUUUUCCAUUUUUACAUCUGAUAUUUCCAAUGAAUACAACAUUUUAAUGAAAUGACAAUUUGUAAUUUUAUAUAAACCGAAUUCAAAUGAGGUUAAAAUUAUAUUUUUCUCGAUGACACAACUUGUCACCAAUUUAUUUCAAUUUUCAAUCAAGUUUUGCAGUAAAGUAAUUCUCUUUAAAAAACAUGAUUUAUUGGAUUUUUUUUUAUUUAAAAUUGAUUGUAAAUAGAAACGAUAUUAUAUACAUAAGCAUCGAUUAUUACUACAUAUAUAAUUAACAGCCCAAUUAUAUUAACACUUCGUAAUGCAGCAUGAUUUAUCGAUAAUACCUAUCCUUUAUUUAUUGUCCAAUCGAGUUCCAGUAAAUUCCAAUACAAUUUCAUUUCAACUUAUUAUAUAUAAAUUAAGUAACUAAAUUUCUUAACGAAUUAUUUUAUAUGGUUUCAUAAAAAGUUUAAUUAUGUUUAUUUUGUGUGUAAAUUUAAAAUAUUUAUAUUAUUAUUUUUUAACCGUCUCAUUAACGAUCCGUAUAGAGAUCAGUCGUUCAUACGAGACUUUUGCAUGAAGGACCAUUAAAUGGAUCGCUUAUACGAGACCUUUGCAUGGACAAUUCGUAUAUGGGACGCUAGUAACGAAAGCGGGUUAAGAAAGUAGGUGAUAAAAAA